UGCAGAUCGGGAUGAAAACCGCGCAGCUCUGUUUUAUUUUGAAGGGUCAGACCGGAAGCAGCGAGUUGCAUUAUGUCAGACCUGACCCGGAGUGCCCGCUGCGGUCCGGCUGAUUCGAACCGGUCCCGGACUGUUUGGAUCAGCAGCUUUCUUGGGUUUGGACCCGUUUUUAUCUCCUGGUUCUGUUGAUUCUGUUUCCGGACUUUUUCCGAACUUUUGUUGUGUUUUCUGGAAGUUCGGGUCAGUUUGCCCAUUUUUCCAGAGAUUUCCCAGUUCGGUUCGGUAUUUCCUGCUGGAUCUGACUGGAAUGUAAUUGCGAGUUCUGAAGAGAGGAACAUCCGUCAGAACCGGUACCAGCUCCGAGCGGACCUGAAAUGCUGGUUCUGCUGGUCCUGGUUCUGGUUCCGGAGCCGCUCUCCUGCCGGGGCGCUCCUCCGGUCCGGUCCUCCAUCCCUGACCCGGUUCUGGACUUGGACCUGCUGGAGGAGCCGGGAGGCGGCAACGGAACCGGGUUCGGGCGCUGCGGACCGUGCGACCCGGAGUUGUGCCCGGAGCCUCGCGGCUGCCGGGCCGGCCUGGUUCCGGACCGCUGCGGCUGCUGCGCGGAGUGCGGGAACCUGGAGGGCCAGGCCUGCGACCCGGGGGCCCGGGCCCGGUUCUACGGGCUGUGCGGUACCGGGCUGCGGUGCCAGGCGGACCGAUCCGCGGGAGGAGGAGAAGGAGAGGAUGAAGAGGAGGAGGAGAUGUGUGUGUGCGAGCAGCAGGGGGCGCUGUGCGGCAGCGACGGAACCACAUACCUGAACCUGUGUCGGUUCCGAGAGGCCGCCUUCUCCGACCCGGAGCUCCGAAUCGCGGAGACGGGUCCCUGCAGGACAGCCCCGGUGAUCAAGGUGGCCCCCCAGGACCAGGUGAACGGCAGCGGCAGCAUCAUGCUGCUCCUGUGCGAGGUGUUUGCGUUCCCCAUGGCGCUGGUGGAGUGGAGGAAGGACGGCCGGGACGUCGUCCUGCCAGGAGACGACCCCCACAUCUCUGUCCAGGCCAGGGGCGGGCCUCUGAGGUUCGAGCUCUCCAGUUGGCUGCAGAUCGAGGGGGCGGAGCCUGGAGACUCAGGAACCUAUCGCUGCAUCGCUCACAACGAGCUGGGAUCGGUCUCCGCCUCGGCUGUACUGGGAGUACUGGGAGCAGGUGACACACACCUGGGAGGGGGGGAGCUUAUCCUGUCCAACCUGUCCUUCCUCUCUGUGCAUCCAGAGGAGCCGUCAUCUGAGAGGCAGCAGCUGCUGGACGACCUCUGACCCCUUGGUGAUGAUGUCGCUUCCUGUCAGCAGACCCAGUCGAUCAUAGACUUUUAUUUUGGCAGGGUGACAGGUUGUAAUCUGAGGGGUUUAUGGUGGAAUUCAGAUUUUCAAAAUAAAAGACCCAACAGCUAUUUGGGACGACUUCCUGCCGAUGCGGCGCAGACUUCCUGCCGAUGCGGCGCAGACUUCCUGCCGAUGCGGCGCAGACUUCCUGCCGAUGCGGCGCAGACUUCCUGCCGAUGCGGCGCAGACUUCCUGCCGAUGCGGCGCAGACUUCCUGCCGAUGCGGCGCAGACUUCCUGCCGUGUUGGAAUCUGCUUUCUGUAAAAUCUGAUAAUAAACCAGAAUAUAAAUUUUUUUGUGUUGAUCUUUUGAUCUUUUUCCUCAAGAAGGAUUUUUUCUUCCAGACUCCAAAACCUGGAAACCAUGGUAACCAUCUUCAUCCUCCUCCUCCUCUCUGUCCGGCUCAGGCAGGAAUCCAUUAGACUGGAGCUCUACUUAACCCUUUAAUGGUUUCACUGGGAGGAGCUGAGACAGAAUCCACAGGUAGUGUUCACUGACCUGGUUCUGACCCGGUUCUGACCCGGUUCUCUAGGCUCGGCUGUAGAACCAGCAGCUGGCUCCAGUCAGUCGUCUUUCAUCUGAGGAUCUUAACUCUGAGGUCGUCCUCCACUCAAUCAUCUGUUCCUGAUCUGGCCUCCACACACACACACACACACACACACACACACCAGGCUGUG